GCAAAGGUACGUCGACGGUUCGGCUUCUGCCCCGCCUGCCUUUUCCUCGCAUCCUCGUUAAUCCAAUAUGGUGAACCACAGGCUAAAGCGCGUGCAGAGCAAGCGGUACUCCACCCCCAGGAGGCCGUACGAGAAGUCUCGUCUCGACCAGGAGUUGAAGCUUCUGGGAGAGUAUGGGCUACGUAACAAGAGGGAAUUAUGGAUUGUGAAGAUGCUCUUGGCCAAGAUCCGAAAGGCUGCCCGAGAGCUCCUAACACUCGAUGAGAAGGACCCUAGGAGGCUUUUCCAAGGUAAUGCUCUGCUUCGUCGUUUGGUUCGUACUGGUGUCCUGGAGGAAUCCCGCAUGAAGCUUGAUUACGUGUUGGGUCUGAAGAAUGAGGACUUCUUGGAACGCCGCCUGCAGACACAGGUCUUCAAGCUUGGGUUGGCCAAGUCUAUCCAUCAUGCACGUGUCCUCAUCAAGCAGGGCCACAUCAGAGUGCGCAAGCAGGUCGUCAAUGUUCCCUCGUUCAUUGUACGUCUAGACUCCCAGAAGCACAUUGACUUCUCCCUCAAGAGUCCAUUCGGUGGUGGACGCCCAGGCCGUGUCAAGAGGAAGAACCUCCGUAAGGGAAGCGGAAAGGCCGAUGAUGGCGAUGGUGAAUCUGAUUAGAUCAUUGGUUUCCUGUUGCAAUAAAGGAAGGAAACUUGAAAAAA